AUGUUAACACGACAAGGUGCAAAACGACUCCUUGAAGCUGAAUUUCAAAGAUUAUCCGAUAUUGAUAUUACUUUUCCUGAUCGUACAACAGUAGCUCCAAUAGUUUAUCGUCCAACAGAAUUAAUCAUGGCAGAGAAAACCGUCGCACACAUUCUUAGUAAAACCUUGGAACAAAUUCCUAAAUAUUCUGGUAAACCAGAUCAAGAUGCCGAUGAAUGGAUGAAGGAUUUAACAGCUACAUUUCGUAUGGCUGAUAUUACAGAAUCACAAGCAUUAAGAAUCAUUCCAACAUUUUUGGAAGGGCAUCCUAAACAAUGGUUUAAUGAAAAUACUACAAUAUUCGAAUCCUGGAAUGUAUUUAAAACUCAAUUUCUUCACAUAUUCAUCUCCAUCCUCGAAACAAUUAGCAUCGAAUCGCUUACGAAAUCGGCAACAACGAUAUGA